AUGUUGCCAGGACGGCGGUGCCGCAUUUCCCAUUCGUUGUGCGUGCGAAGCCAAAUUCAAAUAGGCGGACCCGCAAGAGUUGAGAUGACGAAUCGAAAGCCGCAUCAAGAAUCAGUAACCGGAUGCAUACUGGUCCCCGCCACGCUUAUUGGCUGA